AUGAAGACAUCAGCUUUCUUAUUCCCAUUGUUCGUCUCGUAUGCUGCGGGCAAAACGCAACUUACACCAGAGAAACUGGUUUCAGAUGUUCAAGAGAACCACCUACGAGACAUCCUCACCACCUUCGACACUAUUGCUAACCAAAAUGGAGGUACGCGAGCUUUCGGGCUGCCGGGUUUCAAUGCAUCCCUAAAAUAUGUACUUGAAUACAUGAACAAAAAUUCUAGUUCGUGCUUCAAGUACGAUACGACUAUUCAGCCUUUUACACAUCUCUUCUCUCAAACCAAGCACAUAUCAUUACUUGGCCCGCAGGAGGAAGCCGUUGACGUGAUCUCUUUGCAAUACAAUCACCCUACCCCACUUCCAGAUGGACUGCAUGCUCCCCUAGUGAGUCUCCCCAUCGACGAUGAGCGAGGAACCGGUUGCUUCGAGGAUCAAUGGAGCGGCGUCGAUGUCAGUGGGAAAAUCGCGUUGGUCAAGAGAGGGAAAUGCCAUUUCGUGCAAGUUCUGAAGCUCGCCAAGGCACAUGGAGCCUCCGCCGCCAUUAUUUUCAACAACGUACCGAAUGUGAAGGGUGGUUCAGCAUCUCUAGGCGCUGAAAAUUACGGCACGCUCGUCCCGCUGGGUGUUAUUACGUAUGAGCAAGGCAUGGCUUGGUAUGAGCAAUUGCAGACAGGAGAGGCUCUCAAUGUCCAACUGACCAUCGAGACUCUGACCGAAAAUCGCGACACGUGGCAAAUACUACUCGAAACGAAGGAAGGCGACCCCGAUAAUGUCAUAAUGCUGGGCGCUCACCUUGACUCUGUGCAAGAGGGCGCUGGGAUCAACGACAAUGCAAGUGGUGUUGCUGCCUUGCUCACCAUAGCCAAAUCACUUGAGAAGUAUCAAAUCAGGAAUAAGAUCCGGUUUGCGUUCUGGGGAGCAGAAGAGAGUGGGAUGAUUGGCUCAAGCCACUAUGUUUCGACCCUAACAGCCGGCGAGCUGGACAAGAUUCGAUUCUACUUCAACUAUGACAUGAUUGCAUCUCCAAGUCCAGCCAGUAUUGUCUAUGCGACCUCAGAAGGCGAUAAGAAGGGCGCUCAGUUUCUCUACGACUUCCUCAAAGAGACUAGUCGCUCUCCCGAGUUUGCAACCUUUGGAAGCUCAUCUGACUACGUUGCCUUUGUCGAUGCUGGAAUUUCCUCUUCCGGCAUAUUUACAGGUGCUGGUAAGCCAUACGACGAGUGUUAUCAUACAUCAUGCGAUGAUUUGGCGAAUAUCAACUGGGAUGCUCUGGUCAUAAAUACGAAGGCCGCAGCCUAUGGCACUGCACAACUUGCUCUCUUGGAUCCAGACAGUCUCUCAAAACGCGGGGAGACUAAUUUAAAUCCAAGGAGCGUAUACGGUGCAUCCCGGAAUCUGAUAAUCGCCAUGCCUUUGUACGAGGUCGCCCAUACGGUUUCCUUGACUGAUGACCAGAAAGACUCGCUCGCAGCAGCAAUCACAGAGGUACACAGCUCGAAGUUUACGGUACCUCGAAUGUUCAUCAAUGUGAUAUUCACCAAUAUUUCCGGCGUGCCUACAUAUGUUGGAGGAAAGCGGACCACCGCAUCAAACCGAAUUGUUGCUAGGGUGCGACGUGGAUCCCGCUCUCGAGAGGACUUCAACUCGCUCUGCAGUGAAAUACGAACGGCAUGGGCCCGCGUUGUUCACCCUGCCUACAGUGCUGACCAGCCACCGCCUUCUGAACUGGAGCUGCGGGCUGUAUUCAUCACCGGCGAGCUGCUUGCCGGAAUGAAGUGUGAGUUUCAUGUCCCAGCAGCUGGGGCUGAGCUUGAGUGGGCAAAGGAGCACUACACCGAGUUUCAGAGAAGAGCUGCGAAUGGAGAUGAGGAUUUCGUUGGUCUGGUCAAGGAAAUAGACCAGUGGCUUCAAAUAUCGGGGUAG